AAAUACCGUGAGUUUCCGUGGUGUAAAAAAUCAAAACAUUAGAAAUUUCCGAAAAAUAGGCAUAUUUCAUCAAGUAAAAUGCUGAUAAAAGCCUUUAAACCAUCAUACAAUAGGAUUUUCACGUGUGCCCGAACAUCGAUACGGUAUUUUUGUGACAAAAAAGACGAUGAUGCCGCUUCAAAGGUCUCUGCUGCUGCUCCAGAAAAGGUCAAAGACACGAGCAAAGAUGCUGAUGCAGCAUCCGAUCGCUUAAACAAACUCCUUUCUCAAAUGUCCACUGAAAAUGUGCAGCACAAAAAAACCGUGGAGAUCCCAAGACCCAAGAAGGAUCAAAGGAAUCGCUUCAAAAACAAAGAUUCCGACGAUGAAAAACCAAAAAAUAUCGUGGACGCUGCCAAAAAAGUUGCAAAAUCGAUGAAAGGCGACCAACGACUCACAGAAAUGGAGUUAUUGUCAAAAAUUUUGGGUGUUCCGGCGAAAGGUGAUACAGAGAAAAAAACAAAUCUUAGCAAUGUUAUCUCAGGACUUCAAAUUCACAGAGACGAACCACUGGUAAAGGUAGAUCCGAGUCGCGCUGAGUUUGUGCGAAACAAAAUGAGGGAAUAUAACGAUAAACGUCAGAGCUUCCAACAACCCCGAGAGCGAAAACCAAAAGCUCCACGUCCAACACAACCUGCAAAGCGAACAGCUAAAAUAGAUUUGUUUGGGGCACAACCACUGGACAUUUUCACGGAAACGAAGGCAACUCCUAAGGAAUUCCUCGAAACGUGGGAUUCGUUGGAAAAACGUGAAUUGAGAUUGUCUAUUACGCAUCCACCCAGCAACUAUUUCGAAAAAAUGGCUUUGUGGACGGAGCAAGGCAAGCUUUGGCGUUUCCCCAUCGAUAAUGAACAAGAUAUUGGAGCCGAGGCUGAAGUUGAUUUCUCGGAACAUGUUUUCUUGGAGGAACAAUUGGAGCCAUGGUGCCCGAAAAAAGGACCUGUUCGUCAUUUCAUGGAAUUAGUAACUGUCGGUUUGUCCAAAAAUCCCUACAUGAGUGUACGGGAGAAGCACGAUCACAUAAAUUUUUAUAAAGAAUACUUUGAGUCGAAGAAGGAUUUGUUGCAACAAAUUAUCGUAGAGUCUAAAACAGGAGACAAGAAGGAACUUUCAAAUCAGUAGACCGAUAAAAAAUUUUGUAGUCGUUUCAAUUACUUUAACUAGUAAAUAAAGAAGGAAUUUAAAAAUUAACAAAAAAAACGAGAAAUAGCAUUUUUUGCACUGAGGUACGUCGAACUUUACCGCAAUUGAUUUAUAAUUU